AUGGGCGAUAAGUGCGCUUGGUUUCAUGUCUUCUGCGCUGCUGUAUACGGGGCGAUGGCUCUCUGGGUUCAGUACGAGUAUUAUUUCAAUCCAGGUAGUCUCUUUGUUGGAUGGCUCACAGUUGGAAUAAUGAUGGUUACAGCAGUUGGGAUGUUCAUUCCUGCAUUCAUGUGUUGCUUUCCUCACGUUCUCGCUACUCCAGGAGCUUUUUGCUGCAAGUUGAUUUAUUUCCUCCUUCUCGCAGGUUCUAUCACAUGCCAAAUACUUUUUGGAGCGAUGCUCUGCACGGGCAAGGAUUGGGUUCCUGAGUCGACAAAUUCUACUUUGACGCAGAUGUUUCAAGACUGGGACGGUGAUGGACCAGUUGCAAAGUCCUGGGAUAUUCUACACGAGGGAUAUUUUUGCUGUGGGAUCAAUGAUAUCUCAGACUGGCAGGAUAACUCUCCACAGUUCGUCGACUAUGCCGAGCAUCAACCAGUUAAUAUCACCAACGAUCUUAUUUAUCCCGACAGUUGCUGCACUGAUGGAUACAGAUUUCAAUACUGCGGACUCAUGAAUGGCGACUAUAAUAACAAUGACUGGGGAUGCUUGCAGUUUAUAACAGAAUAUGCUUUGUAUCAAGCCAUAAUUGCCGGAGGGAUAAUUGUCUCCAUAAGUGGAAUGGAAUUCAUCUGUAUCACAUGGACUUUCGUUUUCGGCGCUGCUCAGCCGAUUGAAACGCCCUACAAGCUCUACCAGUGA